CCAGCAACUUCGUGAUCAGCUGAGGGCAUAGUCUUGAGUGGUGCGGUACUCGCAGAACCAACAUGGACUAUGGAUUAUCAUGCUGUGCAUGGCCAUGAUGUCGCCAGUUUUGACGUCCCCAGCUCCCAUCGCCUCCCAACAGUGAGUGCGUCAGCGGCACUCGAAGAGCUUGUCGAGGGUCAUGCGACGCAUAUAUCAACAGGCAUUGGUGCCCUAGACAGAUUGCUUGCUGCAGAGGAUCUCGCGCCGGCCGAUCCUACGACCACGCGUGGCGGGAUCAAGAGAGGCCAGGUCACCGAGAUCUGGGGGCCUCCAGGAUCAGGCAAGGUUGCUCUCUCUCUACAGCUAGCUGCGAAUGCUAUCAAAGAUAAUCAAGACGUUGUGUGGCUAGACUGCUUCCAGGACAUUUCCUUGAGCCGCUUGAGAGAUGUCUUGGAACACCACGACGAAGAUCCAUCAAGUCCAUCUACUCGAAAGCCUCCUGGUGCUGGGUCAGGCUUGGAUCACUUUGCCCAUUACAAAUGCUUGACGUUGCCGCACUUCAUUGCAUUGAUAUCCAGACCAACGACAAAAGCUCUUCCAGAAUCUACCAGCCUCGUCGUCAUCAGUUCAAUAGCAGUGCUGAUAAACUCGGCGCUGCCAAAGGCGCAAGAUGGAAGGUUUCAGGCCAAGUUGAAUCGAGGAUCAACGCCCACUGCCAAGCGACGUCAAGCACUACAGAGCAUCAUGAAGUCGCUCCAAACCUUGGCCUCCACCAGGAGUUGCGCCGUUGUCGUCCUCUCCCAGUGCUCGACCAAGAUGCAAAGCGAGCAUGGAGCGACUCUUGUACCCAGUAUCAAUGGCAGUCUUUGGGAUCAAGGGGUCUCAACACGCCUAGCUCUCUUCCGAGAUUGGCAUUGGAAGGAGAACAAGCCAGUACCGAUAUGCUUGGUGGGAGUUCAGAAGCUCGACGGCAAAUCACUGCAAGACUCCUCCGGGAAGAUCACCGCCUUCGAGAUUACCAAUGGCGGUCUCACUGGUCUCCAACACGAUGGGGAUUAUCUGCUAGAUACAACCACAACGGCGAUGGAACAGACGCGAAUGAAACGCAAGAUAGCUGACACGGGCUUUGAGGUGCCUGACAGCGAAGACGACGACUACGGCUGGGCAGAAGAUGACGAGGCUGCAAUGCCUCCGCCGCCCUCGCAAUGGCAAGGCAGUGAGGAUGUCAUCCUUGGUCACGAGAUAGGUCAGAGCGACGACGACAACAGUAUCGAAAACGAAGAAGACGAAGUCGGUGUUGCGAGACCGAAUUCCCCGAAUUCAGGGACGCAACGCCGCUGAAGGACCGAGCAGCAGGAGAUCUUCAAUCAGGACCUGCAUUGACAGCUUCGAUUCUUCCAGGCUUGGAGUUGACGCCCACCAUUCCCCACGUUUUCGAAGAUUUCGCUGCCGGAUUGUCGCUCUGGG